CAACGGUGCACCCAGAGAUCUCGCGAAUAUUAUAUCUGUCAGUAGGCUGCAAAAUGCGAGGAAUUCAAUGUUUCGUAUUUUGCGCUUUACUUUACUCCUUUCAGGUUGACGCUUUCAGCAGCUGUGAUGCUGAUGGCGAUUGUCCCGACAAUGCCGAAUGUGAUGGUAGCGGUGACGGUAUCAUGGGCGGUGGCGAUGGCGGUGGUCCAUCGGAAUGUGAAUGUAAGGAAGGCUUCGAUGAGAUCGACUUGCCGGAUAUUACGAUAGAUGGCAAAGCAGCGACAGUCUGUAUUGAUUUGGGCAUCUGCAGUCCAUUUGACAACGAAGUAGAUGACUGCGGAGAAAAUGGACAAUGUGUCAUUAUCCGGGAUAAACAUGGAAUAUAUAAAGCUGUCUGUAAAUGCAAGUAUGGAUAUGACGGCAAAUUCUGCGACGAAGUAACCAAAACUACUUCAACACCAUAUUCAACGACUGGCACGACCAAGAAGCCCAAACCGUGGAUCCUUUUUGGAGGAGGAGCUAUUCUUCUUGCUGUUCUCGCCGGAGGAGCUGCAGUCGCUGCGUCAUCAUUUAGCUAGUUAUCCUCAAGGUCCUCAAGAUCCUCCACAAAUGAUUCUGAUUAUGUCACUGACUGGAAAUUAUUUUAAAUAAAUCAUCGAUG